CAGAAAAUUAUAGUGCACCGGUAGCGGGUUAAAUAAGGGGAGACUCUUGAUCUUGUUACUGGCGGCGAUCCAUUGAUUUCGAUUGCGUGAUUGUCCUCUGCUCUCUUCUUUAUUCUUUCACUUCUAUCCCGACCCGACUGUCUCAAACCUACCCUCAUUUCCUCACACAAAAUCCUCAAGAUGGCUACGUAUGUUCUCUUCUUUGCGUUUACUAUCUAAUCACUUCCUACGUUUGGGCACGAACAGAAAGAUACGAAAACAGCCCUGAACAAAAUACUAACAACCUCCCACAGAAAUAUUACCUGGCACCCAUCCCUCACCCGCGCCGAGCGCACCACCCUCCGCAAACAACGCGGCAUGACAAUCUGGUUUACAGGACUCUCCGCCUCCGGAAAAUCCACCAUAGCCACAGCCCUCGAGCAACAUCUCCUGCACCUCGGGCACGCAGCCUACCGUCUCGACGGUGACAAUGUACGAUUUGGACUCAACAAAGAUCUUGGGUUUGAUGAGAAAUCCCGCAACGAGAAUAUUCGUCGGAUUGCCGAAGUCGCAAAGUUGUUCGCGGAUAGCUGUACGAUUGCGUUGACGUCGUUUAUUUCUCCGUACAAGGCGGAUCGCGCGGUUGCGAGGGAAUUGCAUGAGAAGGCUGCGAAUGGAGAUGAGGCGAUUCCGUUUAUUGAGGUUUUUAUUGAUAUUCCGGUUGAGGAGGCUGAGAAGAGAGAUCCAAAGGGAUUGUAUAAGAAGGCUAGAGCGGGGGAGAUUAAGGAAUUCACCGGAAUUAGUGCGCCAUAUGAAGAGCCUGAGAAGGCAGAGAUCCAUUUGAGGACGGAUAAACUGAGCGUGGAGGAGUGUGUGCAAAAAAUUGUGGAGUACUUGGAGAAGGAGAAUUUGUUGAAGUUGUAGAUAUAGAGAUACCUUGGGUUAGGACAUUUCGGGGUUUGGGAGGAAUAUUUCACAAAAAUACUAGAAAUGAUAGAAUUCAACGAUGUAAAACUUGGAUCGAUUUA